AUGGGAAAAAAUUCAAAAAAAAGUGUCAGAGAGAAAAAAAAAAGAGAUGAAAAAGAUAGUAACUCUAAAAAAAAAUCUAAAGUGAAUUCAAGAGAAGAAAUAGGAAAAUCAUCGAAAGAUAAUAACAAAGAAAAUGAAAAAGUUCAUAAAAGUGAUUCAGCUAAAGAAAGUAAAGUUCCUAAGAGGAAUAAAAACGAAACUGAAAUCAAUAAAAAGCCUGAUACAAUAAAUAAAGUAAACGGCAGUCAUCGUGGUAAUACUUGUUUUCUUUGUUUUUGCUGUGGAGGAAAUGAAGAUGAAAAAUUGAAUGAAUUAAUACUGGAAGAAGAGAAACUAAGAGAAAAAGAAAGGAAAAGGAAAGAAAAAGAAGAAGAAAGAAUAAAAAGAGAAGAAGAAAAAAAAGAAAAAAAAAAAAGAGAAGAAGAAGAAGAAAGGGAAAGAGAACGAUUAAUAUUAGAAGAACAAGAAAAUGAAAGACUAAGAUUAUUAGAAGAAAAAGAAAAAUUAAGGUUAUUAGAGGAAGAGAAACAAAAACAGUUAGAAGAAGAAAAAAAAACAAAAAAAGAUACAAUAUUAAAAAAGAAAGAAAUUAAACCAAAAAUAUUUGCAAAAAAAAAAGCAAAAUUAAAUUUUAUUGGAGCAGCAUCAGCACCUAAUCCCCCUCCAGAAUCUGCUUGUGUUGGUGAUCCUCCUGAAGUAAAAGAAACUUCUGUUUCCAUACAAGAAGGGGUUUAUCUUAUUUACAAUCCAGAAAAUGAUGGACAAUUAGAAUUACAUUAUUCUAAAACUGGAAAAAAAGGGAAAGGUGUCUUAGCUUAUAUUCAUUCUAAAACAAUACCAGACUUUUACUUUGAAAAAAAUAAAGGUAGAGAAAUUAUAUUUACAGAAGUAUCUAAAAAAAUGCAAAGUAUUUAUAUAAAUGAUCUAAAACCAUACUACGAAUGCUAUAUUGAAUUUAUAAAGAUGAAAAAAAAAUUCAAUGGAGUUCUAUAUUUUUUGCCUGCCUUUGAUGAGCAACCCCCCCCCAAACUGGAUAUUGUUUUUUUUGACAGUAAAGCAAAAAAGUUAAAUUUCGUACCUGUAGAAAAAGCAGUAGAAUUUAAAGGAGAUUACCUAUUUAUAAUCCAGAAAGGGUUAGAAAUAUUCAAGAAAGAAAUAAAUGUUGAAUCACUCUUUUCUUAUAUAAAUAGCUACGGAGCUUUAUUAAGUUUAUCUUGA